AUGGACAUUAGAAGGAGGACAACCUAUUUGUCUCGAGGUGCUGAUGGCCGUCCGUCGCACAACUACAGUUCGUUUUUUCAAUCUGCACAGAAAAAAUAUUGCAACGCAGAUCCUGAAAGUGGUAUUCGUCUCGUUGGACCAAUGUUUGAACUAACUGCUUGUGUAGAGCUUAAAGGAGAUGAGGAAGAUUUUGAAACGAUGUAUCCGGAUACAUCACUUUCAUUUGGUCCAACUAUUUGUUCAUUUGGCCUGAAGUAUAACGAUCAUAAUUACGCCCUUCCUUCAGGAUUAACUCCUCCCUCAAUGGCACCCCAUUUAAUGGAUCUUCAAGUGCCGAAAAAUAAAUUUUUCAGAUACAAAGCUGAACAAUCUCUGCUCGAAAAAUUUGUUUACCCAAAAGUCAGGCUGUAA